AUGUUUGACCUACCUGCUAUGCUGCUAUGCUCGGUAGCAUCCUUCCUCUUUCCCAUAUUCGCUUCCUAUAAGGCGCUCAAAACCUCCGACCCUGCGCAGUUAACACCAUGGCUCAUGUACUGGGUCGUCUUUAGCAUCUGCCUCUUGGCCGAGUCUUGGGUAGCAUUCAUUGUCACAUGGAUACCCUUUUAUGGAUACUUUCGCCUGAUAUUUCUGCUCUACCUCAUUUUACCACAAUCCCAAGGCGCCCGUGUUCUAUACGAGCAGUACGUCCACCCAUUUCUGCAGGACAACGAAGCCCACAUCGACGAGUUUAUCGCCAACUCCCACGAGCGUCUCAAAUCGAUGGGACUUUCCUACAUUCGGCAAGCCAUCAAUUAUGUCAGGGAGAACUUGCUCGGAAUGCCCCCUGCUGAGCCUCCGGCGCCAGUCCCCGAAAAUGUCGGCGCGCAAGGCUAUACGCAGUCUCUCCUCUCGAGGUUUAGCAUCCCUUCCGCGAAGUGGACCGCCCCUGGUGCUCACAGCGCCAGCGACUUUUAUAGCCUCUUGUCGAGUGCAGUCUCGGCCGCUAGCGGUACUGGGGUUGCUAGAAGUGCCCAGGGACCAAGCGACAUGACUGCGUCAGGCAAUCUCAUCCCGGAGCACCUGCACGACUCUGGAGCCAAAAUCAACUUCAUCUCCGCGCAGAAAGAGCGUCUCAGCUAUUUACUGGCUGCUCUAGACUCUGAGGCGCAAAAGCUCCAAAAUGAAACACCAAAGCAGGGCGCGCCAGGCACCUUUGACGGACCAGCAGACACUGCACCUACACCCCGAUCGCCUAGCGGCCUCAGCAUGCUCAGCGCUCUCAGUAAAAGCCGGAGCGAGGCUGAUUUUGAAAAGAUUGAAGCCGACAGCGGCACCGAGGAAGAGCUCACCAUGCGCAGGCGCAAUGUGUCGAGCGGGGGCUCUUGGAUGCCUUGGGCAUGGAGCGGCGCCGACGACGCGCACAAUCAGGAUCAUGGCUCAACCACUGGGCGGGAGCACUAG